AGCCAGAAUAGCUCCGCUUUAUUUUUUGCUCACUUAGUCCUUGCUGUCAUGUCUAGGCGUCCGGAUCCCGCGCGCGCUGCGCAAAACCAGCAAACCAUCAAGAAUCUGCUGAAAUUGGAAUCGAACAAGACCUGUGCGGAUUGCAAGCGAAACAAGCAUCCACGAUGGGCGUCCUGGAACCUCGGUAUCUUCAUCUGCAUUCGUUGCUCAGGCAUCCACAGAGGGAUGGGCACCCAUAUCAGCCGAGUCAAAUCUGUUGACCUUGAUGCUUGGACGGACGAACAAUUGCAAAGUGUUUUGAAAUGGGGAAACUCGCGCGCUAAUAAGUACUGGGAAGCGAAACUGGCGCCUGGUCAUGUUCCCUCCGAAUCAAAAAUUGAGAAUUUCAUUCGUACCAAAUAUGAAUCGAAGCGAUGGGUAAUGGACGGACCGAUGCCUGACCCCUCUACGCUAGGAAACGAUGAUGAUGUUCCACUUGCCGUUGUCCAAGAACGAGCAAAGCUUGAACGGUCCGCAUCACAGCGUGCGUCUGUCUCUAGCCAACCACCAGCCCGCCGACAACCGCAGCCAUCCAUUGAUUUCUUCGGGGACGACGACGCUAUCAGUCCUCCUGCGCGGCCUAGUACAACUGGUCCGAUGGCUGUUGCUCGCCCUCCACCUCCUCCCAACUCCGCACAACCCGCUGCUGCAAAACAGACAAAGCCCGCAGACUCCUUGCUCGGUUUGGAUUUCUUCGGCAGUUCCCAGUCUACCCCAGCCAGUCGUCCUGGCAGCACGGCACCUACCUCUGGCUUACAAGCAGGAGUUUCACGACCCGACUUGAAACAAUCGAUCCUCUCACUAUAUGCGACGGCUCCUAAGCCGCAACCGGCACCCGCACAGCAUGAACGAACGCCUUCUAUUGGAGCCGCUACCUCUGGACAAUCGAAUGUCAACGCUCUGACGGAUGCCUUUAGUGGAUUAACGUUCCCUUCAACUACUUCUCCACAGCCACAGCACAAGCCGCAAUCGUCGUCCAACGAUCUCUUUGCGGGCCUUACAGGAUUUGGGGGACCAAAAUCACCUCCGACAGCUCCCAGAGUUAGUUCUCCUGGGUCUACCGGCGGAGCAGGAUUGUUCGAUAGCAUGGCGUCAAACGCGCAGACCUCAAAGCCUAUUAGCACUCGCACCACAUCAGUGUCCUCCAACGGACUGGAUUUCGGGUUCUCGCGAAACUUUACAUCUCCAGUAUCACAACCAGCGAAGCCGACCCCACCAGCGCCGAGUGCUUCGAAUGAUUUAUUCGAUCUCGCAGCCCCGUCACAAUCUGAUAUAUCACCACCCGCUUUCUCUCAGCCGACUUCAUCAGUCUUCAAUCUCUCAUCCAGCACCACGACCACGACCACGACCACUCACCCAGCCCCCAAAGCUGCACCAACCACUUCGACAUCAAACGUGACAAGCAUGCUCUCCUCAUCAAGCAUUGAUCCAUGGGGAAGCAAUGCCUGGAGCACCCCUGACCCUGCGCCUGCACCUUCAGCCGCGAAACCAGCUACCACAGCACAACCUUCCAUUACCGACUCAAUGAGAAUGCCAGACACAUUGACUCCGCGCGAUAUCGGAGCAGGCUGGGGUGCACCCGCUGCCACCACUAUUACUAGCAGCACAACUACCACAACUACAGCAGCAACAGUUGCUCCUGAAGACGAUUUUGGCGGAUGGACCAGUGCAGCACCUGUUUCUACUACCACAGCUGGUACUGGCGGCGGUAGCAAGCCGGCUACAGGGGGUUUCGCGGGGAAUGAUGACUUGUUUUCCAAUGUAUGGGAGUAGAUAGGAAAGUUAUUGAUUGCAUUUG